GCUUAAGUUAAGUUCUAACACAUAAUCCAAGCAAAACCACUAUGAAAGUUGCUAACUUCCUCGUAGCUCUCGCUGUCGUGGCUUUGGCUUCCUCCUUUGCCACUGCCUAUGACCCCAGCCCUCUCCAAGACUUCUGCGUAGCAACUAAUGCCACUAAAUCUGCUGUGUUCCUGAAUGGGAAGUUCUGCAAGGAUCCAACGCGUGUUACAGCGGAUGAUUUCUUCUUUUCUGGGCUUAAUGUAGCUGGAGACACCUCAAACCAGCUCGGAGUGCAUAUCAAUAUCAUAGAUGCCGAUGUGAUCCCAGGACUUAACACUAAUGGGAUUACAUUAGUUCGAAUUGAUUAUGCAGCAAAUGGUGGCCUAAAUCCACCACACAAUCACCCUCGAGCUGCAGAGAUCCUCACAGUCUUGAAAGGAACAGUUUAUGCAGGUUUUGUCACUUCUAAUCCUGAUCAUCGUCUUUUCGCCAAAGUUCUAAAGCCAGGAGAUGUGUUUCUUUUUCCAUUUGGGCUGAUUCACUUCCAGUUGAAUAUUGGAAAAACCCCAGCAGUUGCUUUGGCUGCAUUAACUAGCCAAAACCCAGGAGUGAAUACAAUAGCAAAUGCAGUUUUUGGAUCUGAUCCACCCAUUAACCCCAAUGUUCUGACCAAGGCAUUCCAUCUGAACAAAGAUCUGGUGAGCAAGCUUCAAAAAGAACAAUGGGUGGAUCCAUCAGAAAGCGAUAGCUACAAUUAAUUAGUUGAUGUGUGUGCGUGUGUUUGUGGCUGUUAAUUUCCUCAUUUUACCAUCUUAUUCUAUGGAAUGGGAACAAAAUAAAGAGGAUUUGUUUCUGCCGCUAGAGCUAGUGACGUUGAUUCAUCAUUUUGAUAUUCUUCUCAAAUUAAGUUGCACCAUUUCAAGUCUCUU